AUGGCUAAAAAUUCUCGUCAAUUAUCUGUAUUUCUUGAGAAUACUGGUUCACUUUUACAAGAACUUCAUUAUGGGCCAUAUUCUCGCUUUUGGUGGGACUUUUCAGCUGAAAAAAAUAUUGUAAACUUUUCCAUUCGUCUUGAUCAACAAGUUAAAAUUUUUCUCAAUGAACAUGACUUUUUUUUAACAAUAAAAAAAGGAAUAGAAAACCUGCCAGAAUAUUAUUGCAAAAGUGGUCAAGCGAAAGCAAUUGAAGCCAGUCUAACAAAAGCCGUUUCAAUAGUAUAUGCAGCAAUAUUUAAUAAUUCUAUACAAUAUUCAGAUCAUGCAAUCAUGGGUUGGAAUAAUGAAACUAUUUUAGAAAUACUCAAAAAAGAUAUUGAAUUUUUUCCAGUAACAUGGUUAGUUGGAAAAUAUAAAAUCUUUUUAUAUGCUAUUGGUUGUUCUUCAUGUGAAAAAUGGAAAUAUGUGGGAUCAGGCUUUUAA